AUGCCCUCUCACGCCCCUCUCUCCCUCCUGCCUCUUUCCAUGAUCGUCCGCUCCCUCUUCACCACCACCGUCUCCUCCUCCCCGGUCCUCCUACGCCCUUCCCUCCGUGUCAUGAGUGUCCUGGCUCAUAGCUCCAACGCCUUCUUCAACCCGGACCGCAAUCCGGUCCUCCGUUGGUUCCUCAAGAAGACCUUCUACGCUCAGUUCUGCGCCGGCGAGCGUCCCGAAGAGGUCCGGCAGACGAUCCGCCGGCUCAAGGAUAUCGGGUUCACCGGCGUCAUCUUGGGUUACGCAAAGGAGGUCGUCUUGUCUGAAACCCAGGCGCGGGGCUUGGCUUCGUGCGGCGGUGACGGGCCUGAGGCGGCGGCGGAUUGCAUCAAGAACGAAAUCGUGCCGUGGGCUGAGGCGACGGAAACCACCGUCAAGUUGGCGCAGCCGGGAGAUUUUGUCGCUUUGAAGUUCACCGGCGCGGGUCGCCAGGCUCUCUACUCCCUCUCCGAGCGCCUCCCGCCUCCCCCCGCCCUCGCGGAAGCCAUCGACCGCGUGUGCGCCUGCGCGGCCGAGCACGGCGUCCGCCUCCUCUUCGACGCCGAACAGGCCGCCCUGCAGCCCGGCAUCGACGACUGGACCCUCGACUACAUGCGCAGGUACAACACCGAGCCCGGCCGCGCCGUCAUCUACGGGACCUACCAGGCGUACCUGAAAUCGACGCCGGCCACGCUGGCGCGGCACCUGGUCGCCGCGCGGGACGGCGGCUUCACGCUGGGCGUGAAGCUCGUGCGCGGGGCCUACCUCGGGUCCGACCCGCGGCAUCUCAUCCACGACACCAAGGCCGAUACGGACGCCGCGUACGAUGCCAUCGCCGCGAGCAUGCUCCGGCGGCAGUGGGGGGACGUGUUCCGCAGCCGCAGCCGCAGCCGGAAACAGGAAAUUGGAAACGCGGGCGAGGGCGAGGGCGCGGGCGCGGGCGCGGAAGGGCCGCCGUUCCCCGAGGCCAGUUUGGUGGUGGCCUCGCAUAAUGCAGAGUCGGUGCGUCGCGCGCGGGCCAUCUGCGAGGCGGGCGAGGCGAAGAUCGACGUCGCCUUCGGGCAGUUGCAGGGCAUGGCCGACGAGAUCAGCUGCGAGCUCGUGUCGGCGAAGAAGGGAACGACGACGGCGGCGGCGGCGAGACAGGGCGGCAAGACGCUGCAGACGUACAAGUACCUCGUCUGGGGAUCCACGGGCGAGUGCAUGAAGUACCUUCUCCGACGGGCGUACGAGAACCGGGAUGCUGUGCAGAGGACGCGCGCGGGGCGAGAUGCUAUGUGGGGUGAGCUGGUGCGGAGAGCGAAGCAGACUGUCGGGUUGACGUCGUAG